CCGCCGCGCGUGAUUACCUCCGCCGACUGCGCAUGCGCGACCCAAGGCCGACUGAGAGAGCGGCAACACCGGGGGGAGCUGGAAGAUGGCGGACAGCAGCGGCAAGCUGAAGGGUCUGCGGGAGCAGAUGGUGGCCGCAGCACAAGCGCUGGCUGAUGAGCGAAGAAGCCAAACUGGCUCUAGUCCUGUUCCUGUCCAUUCCUCAGUCAGUACAAAGACAACUAAGCCAGUAAUUGAUGGCUCAGCUUUAAGAACCGAUGAGCGGCAAAGAUUAGCACGGGAACGCAGAGAAGAGAAAGAGAAGCUAAAUGCUGCCAGAGACAGAGAAUUAAUCGAAAAAGAGAAGAAGGCAAAACUCCAGUAUGAGAAACAAAUGGAGGAAAAACAGAAGAAGCUGGAAGAGCAGAAACAAAAAGAUGAGCAGAAGAGAACGGCUGCAGAAGAGAAGAGAAAGCAAAAGCUGCUGGAAGAAAAGGAACGACGGGAGGCAAAUGUACGACGCACUCUUGAACGCAGCAGUCAGUUGGAUCAUAGGCAGAAAAGAUGGUCUUGGGGAGGAUCAGCAGAAGGGGAUAAACAAGGUGUACCUGGAAGUAGUUCCCCCAGCCCUGUAAAUAUUAUAGACACAAUUUCUUCCUCCACAGAGCCACAACCUGAAGAUAAAAGUGGACCUAGCGCCAACAAGCGAUCCGCAUCAGCGUGUAACCUAAAGCAGGCAGACAGCGUCAUACAUAAGCGCCUCUCAUCCUCAUCUGCCACUCUUCUGAGCUCUUCUGAAAAAGGUACCAAGCAGAGGAGCUCAUCACUAAGCAGGCUGAGUAACAAAACUCCUCUCAGUCCACAGCCCCCCUCACCUAGGGUAUCUGCCCUGGAAAAGAAAGGAGCAGGCCAGAAGAGGAGCUCCUCACUCAGUAGACUGAGUAAUAAAAAGUCCUCUCUACUCCUAGAGGGUGUGAAAAAGGAAGAAACCCCAGCUCAUCGCCCCCCGACCAGUCCUCUGGACAAUAGUAUAAUCAGUCGCCUCCUCGCCCCCACUCAGUCUUCCCUAGCUAGGAGUAAGAGUGCUGCCACAUUAUCAGCUGAUGGAAAAGAGCCGCCAGAAUCUUACCUCUGUCCUCGUUCAGCUUCAGCCACUACCAGCGUUACCCCUCCCUCCGCCUCUAAAGGUCCCAUACGCAGCCGCAGCAUUGACAGAUUGAAGUCCCCACGAAGUUCUACACCUGGCGUUAUCCCCACUGAACCUAACCAGAAGGCAGACACUGAAAAGCAGCUGCCAUCAUCUCUUGGGAAGCGCCCUAGUUCUCCUACUGUGACUUUGCAGAGGAGAUCUCCCUCUCCCUCCAAUGUAACAAAACGAGCUCCAUCACCAACACUAGAAAAGAGAACCAGUAGUUCAUUGGCACAAAAGAACCGUCCUCCAUCACCAAGUGUGAAGCAGAGACCUCCCUCGCCCCCAGUGCCACACAAACCAGUUCCCAUUCAGCGACCCUCACUCACGCCAGCUGUCUUAAGUGCUACCAAAAAGAGCACAGAACCAGAAGCUAAACCAAAGGAAAAAUCUCUGGAUGCGAUUAGCUCAGAGCCCAAACCUGUACAGACUUCAGAAAAGGAAACCUCAAAGACCAAAGAUGAAUCCAGUAACAAGUCAGGGAGCAACACUGCUGAGGAAGCUGCUAAAAUCUUGGCUGAAAAUCGGCGUUUUGCACGGGAACAGAGGGAGCGCGAGGAGCAAGAAAGGAUUCAAAGACAAGAAGAAGAAAAGAUAAAACAGGAAGAAAUGGCUCGCAUAGCAGAAGAGGAGAAGCAGAGACUGAAAGAGGAGGCCAUAUUAUUAGAGGAAAAGAGAAAGCUGGAGAGAGAGGAAGAAGAACGAAUCGCUCAAGAAGAAAAGCUCCUCCGAGACCUAGAGGAACAAGACCGACUUGUGGAGCUUCAACAACAGAGAGAAGAAGCAGAGGCCAAAGCUCUUGAAGAAGCUGAGAAGCAAAGACUAGAACGGGAAAAAAUCAUGCAGCAAAAUAUGCAGGAAAGACUUGAACGAAAAAAGAGAAUCGAAGAAAUAAUGAAAAGAACUAGAAAAACUGACCAGAUGGAUGUCAAAGGUGAAGACCGAUCUGAAGAGGAUGAUGAAAUUGGCAGCCUAGAAAAAGACCUAGAUGGAACAGUAAAUGGAGUUGAUCUGUGUGACGAUACGGAUGAUCCCGGGGAUUUGGAAGAAACACCUGCUCCCACUUCCCCACAUCCUGUGUCCCAGGAUACUGCAGUGGUGACUGGGAAUGAAUUAUUUAUUAAUGGGGACAGGACAGACAUUGAUCAGAAACUUAAUGGACACUCUUCAGAAACUGCACCUGCACAAGAAUCAAGUCAGAUGACCAAUGACUCCGCAAUACUGAGCCAAGAUCAAUCGCAUCUUAAUGAAGAUGAUAGAACAGGAGAUAGUGUAACAAAUUUAAAUGGGAAAUCUGGAACAUGGACAUUUGAGGAAAUUAUUAAUCUGGGAAUCCAUUCCAAGACCACCAGUUUGUCUGACUCCAUCAGUACAGACAGCUGUAAUCAGGACCUCAUAGAACCUGCUACAGUCCCUCCAAAGUUAGCUUUUGAAGAAGGACGGGUCAAUUCUUUGUCCACAGCCAUCGAGUCUGCUGCAGAGAUGUGACCUCUCCGCAACCGUCCGCCUAUGAUUGCACUUCGCUCUCCAGUAUUUAAUAAAGCGCUGAAGCCUGGUUGUUAAAAGCUGCUAUUUUAAAAUAUUACUUAAAUGCGAAAUCACCUGGCAGCAGAAGGAACAGAGGUUAUAGUUUGAAUUUCUUCAGGGAGAUGUUGAUAAUAUCACUCUUUGCUGUGUUAGGCAGUCACACAGGGUCUCAGACAUUAGUCAUCAUUUUGUUACUUCUAACGUUGACAGAACAGUUUGCCCUGAUGACACAAUUGAUACUCUGGGCAAGCAGUAUAAUGUUAAUAAUAGUUUUGUUUAGAGCUGUUAAGAAGUUGAUAACGGUUUCAGCAAUGGGUCAGGGUUGUUGUUGUUGUUGUUUUUUAUACUCCGAUGAAUUUCACCCAACGUACAGCGUAAGAAUGCACCAUGGCUAAUACUUAGAGAAAAAUACUGUUCAGUAAACUGGACCAUACAUUUACACUGAGUGAAAGCGGCCAUUUUGUGGGCUGACCUAAACCCUGUUCACCCUAUGAAUUCCCUAUUGAGGAAUGAGGCACUAGCCAUAUGACUAGUUCCUAGCGAAUUGAUUGGCUACAUCCUCAUGAGUAUUGGUUUGGCCCAUGAAAUGACUGCCUUUCUGGUGUAUAAAUGACGGUCUGCUUUAAGCGCCUCUCAACUUUGCUCUUGCCACAAUUUUUUUUAGACAUUUCAUUUUUUUUUUUUCAUUUAUUUGUAUUUAAGUUGCAUAUGUAAGUAUUUUAUUGUGUAUAUAAACAGCAGUAUUAGAUAACUACUUGAUCUUUAGGAGGUUUCUGUUGGUUUUAAAACUAGUUUUUACAGUGGUUUAUUUCUGAGUGCUGCAACAGGGUUCUAUCCGCAGCAGACACAUACAUUUCAUCUGAUUCGUUCACCAGGCUGUACGUUAAACAUAUUAUUUGACUGAAGUGGGACGACGUCUCCACUGAAUGACAUCUACGCCCAGUGAGGGCUUUUCUCCAGAGUCACUACCUCCUAUUGCAACCAGCUUAUUUUCAAUAUUUUGUGAGCCCCACGCGGUGUAUGGAUGUUACUGGUUCCCAAAAGUUGGCAGGUAGCACAAUAUGGACAUUUGUUUAAAUAAAUUGCAUGUUUGAGGAUUGCUGAGAAAUUAUUUUAUACAUUGCUCAGGCAACAGUUCUGUAGUUUCAGUCCUCAAGUGCCUUUAGCUAGACACGAUUUACUGUUUUCCUUGUUUUACAUAAAGGUGCAUCACAGAACAAAAGUUGUUUUUACUUGUGUUUAUGAAUACACAUUUAAUAUCUAACUUGCGGAAUAGCGUUUUGAUGCACCAGUAGUUAGCCAGGAUCAGUGGUUUCCAGUCCCUUUGGGCUGCUUACAGUGCACAAUUUUUUAUUUAAUGUAGCAGGUUUCAUUCUGGGAUAUGUUAUGAUGACAGGGAUGGGGAUUUAUUUAUUGAAGGCAGUGGAAGCAGCCAUUUUACUGACUGUUCAAAUCUUCAACAUAUUAACUGGUCAUUGGUCAUGACAUACAAUGUGAUGGCACUAGUUCCUCGCAGGCUAAUGGCCUGUACUCUCACAUUUAGUUCAGUGGUCUGCUUCCACUGUGUGUAGGCCAUACAGUAUGCACACUUUAAAAAUACUUUAAAGACACUCAGACGCUAAUUUAAUUGAUACAAACUUGUCUUGUUUUCGUCAUAAUAGCAGCAAAGACUUAUCAAAAUUUGUGUCUUGAAAAUAUUGAUAUUAACGAGCAUAAAGUUUGUGCAUUAAUGUUUGUCACUUGGGAAUGGUAGAACUUUGAGGUUCCUUCUUUAUAGGCUGAGAUCCCACUUAGUCUUAUACACGUCAUCAGACUCCGCUUGGUAGAAUUGGUCAGACAGAGCAGUGCCUUAGAGAAAAAAAUAUAUAUACAUAUAUAUUUUUGUAUAAACACUGUUUAAUUCUAGCAGAGACAAUCUAACCAGUAAAUUGCUUAUAUUUUGUGUGCAACUGUUACAUGUUAAUUUCUUAGUUUACAGCAACUUAUGUAAAUAUAUGUAUGUGCACUGUUAAAUAAACUUUAUCAAUUUAAAACGUG